CUUCUUGAUGUCAACUAUAAUUUUGAAAAUCCCCCUCGUAUAAGCCCCCCCGAAUAACCCUCCAUCCAAAAAUAUAAAAAAUAAAUAUGCCCCCAGGGGGGCUAAUUCGAGGAUUUGCUGUAUUUGUUUUCUAUGGUAACAACUCAAUGUUAUGCAACUGUUUUUUGUUAUUACCACUGCGCAGAAAACACGCCUCCCGUGGGAACAUUUCGCUGUAUCAGCAAAAUCUUGUAGCUAUGUAAUAGUGUAGGUCAUAGGUGGCACGUUCACACUGCCUUCUCAACAAGGCAAAAGAGAAACUUGGUGUUUUUAGAGGAUAAACUGAGCCUGCAUCGGAAUAUCAGUGAUGAAGGGGAAUAUUUCUACCGAUCUUUCCUACUUUUUUGCGGCCAUCUUCAUGUUAUCAAGGUCAAUAGCUUUGAAAAAUGUUGCUUUGAAUAAGCCAACAAAACAAUCUUCAACAUUUAAUGGAAGUGUACCAUCAAUAGCGGUAGAUGGUAAUAGUUCAAACAUGUUCUGCUCACAAACAGGAUUUCAAACUAAACCAUGGUGGCGUGUAGAGUUGAUGGACACAUACACAAUUGAGUAUGUGAGCAUAACAAGUAGAAGAGACUGCUGUUGGAGUAGAUUAAGAAUGCUUCAAGUCAAAGUUGGAUAUUCUCCAAGCCAUGCACACAAUAAGCACUGCGCCUUUCACAGUGGUUCAUUUGGCCAGGGUGAAACCAAAGACUUUUUCUGUUCAACCAUGGCUAGAGGCAGCUACGUCUCUAUUCAGCUAUUGGCAAGCGGAUAUUUAUCAUUAGUGGAAGUGCAGGUUUUUGUUAUUGAUGAUUUGAUCCCCACUUUUCCUUCAUCAAAGCUUACUGGUAAUAUUGCAUUGCAAAAGCCAGCAAAACAGUCUUCCAAUUUUUUUAAAUGUAUCAACAAAGCUGCAUGUCUCGGUGGAGCACAAAUGGCGGUAGAUGGGAAUUUUUCGUCGAUAUUCCGCAAUGGAACGUGCACCCAUACAAAACGACAGCAUAAUCCUUGGUGGAUGGUAGAUUUGUCGGAUCGUCAUGUUGUCAGAAAGAUUUCAUUGACAAACCGGGGGGAUUGCUGCUCAAACAGGCUGCAAAUGGUGGAGAUACGAGUCGGGGAUAAUCCUUGCUCAAGUACUUCAAAUGCCAUGUGCCGAUACAUUGUCGGUGAAAUUGGAAAAGGUGUUACAUUUGAAUUUGAAUGCAAACCUCAAAGGCGGGGUCGUUUUGUUUUCAUUUCUCUGAGGGGAAGUACUUCUCUCACUCUCUGUGAAGUUCAAGUUUUUGCGCAAAAAGGAGCCUCUCGUCCGUGGACUAAAGGAAAUUUGUCAUGUCGUGGCGAAAGCAAGGCCUGGAUUGCGGGGAUUGUGAGUCUUAUCGUCGCUAUCUUCUGCUGCUGGAGAGCUAGUGUCGCAAAGAAAAGAAAUGCACCUACCUCUGCUCCUGCACCUCCGGCGGCUCGCGCGCCUCCCGCAGCUUCUGCAACUCCUCCACCGGCGAGUCAUUCUCGACAGGAAUCCAGCGAAAAUGGACGGAGAUACUCGGAUCCAGUUUUAGGAACAGAUGAUAACCAGACUGUCAGAAAAAACACUUCAGCGCCGCCCCCAAUCGCAUUUAUACCACUGCCAAAUGUUGCUCCUCCUCGAUAUGAUGAAAUCUAUAAAUGGGACAACACAGCUACUGCAACACCACCGCCAUUAUAUAGCAACCUCGAUAUCAACACUUUACCAAGUGUAUCAAUUUCUGAUACCAGUUCUCCUGCCGUUUUGUCCUGUUAUAAUCCAGCAUUCAACCUCGAUGAAGGGGCUACGGCGAGUUCAACUGUUGCUGACUGAUAGUUUUUUAUACAGAUUUUUCAGAAAACCAUAUUUUUAUACAAUGUUUUUGCAGCAUAUGAUAUGAAAUAUCAUUUAUGCUCAACAAGUAAAACGUAAUUUUGCUAGCUUUUUAUCAUAUUUGAAAGUAGAUGUUGUUUUAAGACAUCAAUUACAAAGUUGCACAGUAAUGUAGCUAUCACGACCCCCCCCCCCCCCCCCAGUUUUCAGUAAGUUAGUCUCCCAGAGAAGCACAAAUCUACAAUGAAGUUAAUUCCUUGGGAGGGGAUUGGUGUUUCAGACUAACAAUAAAAUAGGGAAAUUAUUACUUACUUUAAAGGCACAAUGUCCAGAUCCAUUUUGCUGACCAGUUAAUUUUCCUAUUUGUUGGACUACACAAUGGAUCUAUUGUUACAUAUUCAAUCGGUAACGUAAGGCUAGUUUUCGAUGUUUUCUUGAUCAUAAAUUAUUGUAUGAACUGUAAGCCUGUUGCUUGCUCUAAACGGUUGACUAGCGGGACAUAGUGCCUUUAAAUCUUUAAGUUAUUAAUUUUUGAAUUAGCUCCAUAGGGAUAGAUAUGUUGAGACGUUUAUGGAGAUCCAAUAUACGGGUGAAUGACUCGGCCUUGGGUGUUGGCUUGAAAGCACGACCCGAUAGCUCAGCGGUAGAGCACUUGACGUACAAAGUCAGGGGUCGUGAGUUCGUGCCUCGCUCGGGUCGGUUAUUUUCCCGCACUCUCUAUUAAUUAUCUUCAAAAAUCCUGUUGUCUUUAAACUUUCUCUUCAACCCUAUCCAGUGUUGGGGCUGCGAUGGCCUUCCUGGUGUGGGCAGUCUUCAGGUCCUCUGCACUUUGUGAUGGAGCUGCCAUGGCUCCCCUGUGUAACUGGUAAAAGAGAGGGGCAGUGCGGGUGAAUGACUCGGCCUUGGGUGUUGGCUUGAAAGCACGACCCGAUAGCUCAGCGGUAGAGCACUUGACGUACAAAGUCAGGGAUCGUGAGUUCGAGCAUCGCUCGGGUCGGUUAUUUUCCGGCACUCUCUAUUAAUUAGAUCCAAUAUAAUUCAACAGAUCAAAAUACGUUUUGGAAAACAUUAAAAUCAAUUUACCCCACCAAGUUGAGCGACAAACAAACUCCUCAAUCUUUCGAAAUUAAUGGCGAUAAAGUAAGAGACCCAAGCAAGAUAGCAAACACAUUUUGCUCCUUGUUCGAAGAAGCGUCGACAAGGAUCAGCUCGUUGGAGCAGUUUUUGUUGACCUUAGUAAGGCAUUUGAUACCAUAAGCCACGCCAUACUACUUAAAAGAUGUUCAAUUUACGGAAUAGAAGACAGUGAAUUGGAAUGGUUCACCGACUACCUGUUCUCUCGAAAGGCGAUGGUAGCAUUCAACAGUUGUCUGUCAAAUGAGCAGGUCUUGGUAACAGGAGUAUCACAAGGCUCAAUUCUUGGCCCUCUAUUUUUUCUCAUCUCUUUCAAUGAUGCUGUAGAAGUCAUGAAGUAUUCAAGCAUUCUAAAAUAUGUGGACGACACUGCGUUGCAUGUCGCAGGCAAAAAAAGGGAUUCAAUUGAAAACAAAGUAUCAAAUAACAUUGUCAAUCUCUAAAAGUGGCUGAGAUGCAAUGAGCUCAUAUUGAAUCUGAAGAAAGGCAAGACAGUCGAUUCUUUUUGGAACAGCACAACGAAUUGCGAAACAGCUAAACGAGCCAUUCAAAGUCACAAUAUCACCGCCAAUCCCAACAGUAAUUAACAACACAACGGUUUAUAGAUAUCUUGGCGUUCAAGUGGAUACCAUACUCAACUUGAACCCCCAUUUUGACAAAUGUUUCAAGCGUGCAUCUGGUAGACUGCGACUACUGGCAAAAUUAAGAUCGUGCAUGAACAAUCCUACAGCAAGUACGAUCUAUCGUACCAUGAUUCUUCCAAAAUUUACUUGCUGUGGUAUGUUACAACUAAAGCUCACAAACACGCAAGUAAGCAGUCUUUCCUUAUUCCACUCUCGAUCACUGAAGAUAGUUUAUGGUGAUGAAGCAGCAAACCAAGGACUCAUGUCACCCAUAAAUGCGAAUAAAAUGAGAGCCUGCAAACUUGUGCAAAAAUUCCUGGACAAAGAUAUUUGUGAACAUUUUCGGAAUUAUUUCACUUUGAUAGAGCAUGAAAAGGAAACAAGAAAUAACAACUGCACACUACGAGUAUUAAAAAAGAAUAUGCACAAAAGUCAUUUCUGAACAUGGGUGCUUAAGUGUACAAUGAGCUACCUUUAGACAUCCGUCAGACAGAGACAUACAAGGAAUUUAUUGAAAAACAUAAAAUGCAUUUUGUGUGACAUGACAUUAUUGGCGUAACAAACAAUACUUCAACUCGAUCUGACAUCAGGUUUCAUAGAUUUCAUUCUUGUAAGAUUUUUUCAAUGGCUUUUAUGUAAUAAAUGUUCUUUCAAUUUCAUUUAAGGUUUAGGGCACAGGAUUUGGGGGGCUUAAAUGGGGUAUUUGCAUAUAAGAAUUAUCUGAAACACGACUUUUAAAGUACUUUUUCGUUGCUUUAAGAAUCGUAACAUUUUAGAAUUUAAUAUUGGCAACAGGCACAUUUUGAAAAUAUUUAGUUUAUACACUUUGGUAUUUAUUUUCAUAUUCCUUUAAAUAGCUCAAUCUCCCUUUGCUCUACUGAAACAAAUUUGCAAAUACUUCUGUUUGGAAGUUAUAUAUGUCAAACAGCGUUUUUUUAUCAUGGAGGAAUAUAAAGAAAUGAUCAGAGUACCAUUAAACACCGUCCCUAGCUAUCUUUAAAAAGUCCAUAUAAGAGGAGCGUUUUGAUUUUUGUUGUUGUUGGUGAUUGGCCUCACAAAUAAAAUUAUACAAGUAUUUUUACUUUCCCUUUUUACUUUACACAAGUCCAUAUGUGUAGCAAACCAGUUAUUUAUGACUGAAAUGUGUGCCUUGUAUAAAAAGUGGACAAUGAAAAACCAGAGUUAUGAUGAUAUACACCCAUUUUUGAGAGAAAAGGGCCUAGGCCAGUGGAUUUGUAUAUUAGGUUCUCUGAUGAGUUUGGCCGAGCAAACCACAGAUGAAGAAAAAAUCAUUUUAUGCCUAUGAAUUUCUUCCGAAUCUGAGCUUUGUCUAAUGUUUCCUAGCCCGGCAAGUACUAGAAUGUAAAAGGCUGCUUUACGCAUUAAAGACUCAUAGCUAACAAUCAGCCAUUGCGCUACACAAGCAUCCCAUAAUGCAUUUUGAGACAGUCUGAAAUCAAUUUUGGUUAAUCCGUAGAAGUUUACUGCCAUUGUUUGGAUCGUCGCAAAGGCCCAUAGUUAGCAAUGAGUCUUUAAAAUCCGCCCUCUUUUCUGUUCCGUUUUUUGUUCCUCAAUAAAACUGAACGCCAUCACCCCUUAGAUCUUUGUUAUACUGUUGUCAAAAUAUUUUUACCUUCUGACUUUGUAAGUCUCUAGAUAAGUUUGAUAUCGCUUUAUUUAGAUAUUUACAGUCUUUUAUUUGAAUCGAGGUGCACAAAGUUAGACAAAAGCACCCUUUUAUAAAUAUAAACGAUAGUAUUUCUUAUAAAUGUGAAAAUAUUGUAAAUUAUUAGCAAAGUAUUUAUCUUCUUAUCAAUGUAUCAAUUUACGGAUUUUCGACUGGUUCGGCCUGUAGUAUCAUAACAGUUUUUAAUUAUUCUUAAGAAUUCAUUAUUGCAUAUAGAUCCCAAUAGUCGACUUUCUUUCGUUUGUCUCUAUGUGUAUGCUGUUCGUAGCAGGACCGUAAGUCCCGAGGGGACUUACGGGGGCUAGACCCCCAAAAUUUGGAGCAAAACGAUUUUUUUUAGAAAUUGUCGUCAUUUUCUUUUAAAGAAAGGAAUCCCUGGUAGCUGGGUUAGAACGAAACUAAGUUUUUCUGUGUUAUUGCAACGAACAUCAGCCACAUGUAAGAAAAAAAUCGUUUAAGUCGCCAUAAAUCUCGACAAACCCAUGUGGUACUUUUACGCAAAUUAAUUCUACUUCUUUCCCUCUUUGUCUUUUGGCCUUGUUCCUAGCUAGAGUUAAAAGCAAAACUCAGAAUUUCUCCUUUUUGUGUGAAUGCUAUUAUCAUGUCACUAAAUGUGCCGUUAGAAUUAAUGAGCUGUUAUGGAGGUCUUGAUACCGCAAUUCGACUAAUAGAAGUUCAGAAAUAAGGAGCUUUAGGACCUAUGUUUUGAGUUAGGAUUUUUAUAAAAAUGCUUGUAAUGAAAACAUGUGCAAAGGCACUAAAGAAGUUCUUUUGCAUUUGAUAUAGAGAGAAGCAAUUACUACACUCUUUUUUGUUAGAAUGCAAAAAAAUUUUGCACAGCCUAGAUUUUUUAAAGAAAAUUUUCGUUUUGAGCCCGAAUAUGUUCUUAGAUACAUCCUAUUUUUUUUAAACCGAUAUGGUUUCAGGAAAAAAUCGCUUGCUCUUGAAUAGAAAACACAUUUUCUUUCUCUCUUUCCUCAACGUCUGUCACUAGAGCUUCAGCAUGACUCUUCUCCUUCCCAAUUUCUCCCAGAAACAAUAAUCUGUGUUCUUCUGCGAAACGUCGAUUUGUCUAUCCUAAAAGGUAUAGUACUUUGUUAAACUUAGUCUGGGAGGUUUUUCAGCUAUUUAGAAGGUAUGGUUUCAAAAAUUUUCUUCCGCGUCGACCCCAACCACGGUGGGUCCUC